AUCAUUCUCCAGGUCAAAAAGGAUUCACAACUGCAGCCCAUCCUCUCUGGACUGUUCCUGUCCAUAUACCUGACCACAGUGCUUGGAAACCUGCUCAUCAUCCUGGCUAUCAUCACUGACUCCCACCUCCACACCCCCAUGUACUUCUUCCUCUUCAAUUUAUCUUUGACUGACAUCUGUUUCAUCACCACCACAGUUCCAAAGAUGAUUGUGGAUAUCCAAACUCACAGUAGGGUAAUCUCUUAUGUGGACUGUCUAACACAAAUGUCUCUUCUUAUUAUUUUUGGAUGCAUGGAUGACAUGCUUCUGACUGUGAUGGCCUAUGACCGGUUUGUGGCUAUCUGUCACCCCCUGAAUUACCCAGUCAUCAUGAACCCUCAUCUCUGCAUCUUGUUACUUUUGGCAUCCUGUUUCCUUAGCUUUUUUGACUCUCAGCUGCACAACUUAAUUGUUUUACAGUUUACUUUAUUUAAGGGUGUGGAAAUUUCCAAUUUCUGUUGUGAACCUGCUCAAAUCCUUAACCUUGACUGUUCCAACUCUUUUGCUAAAAACAUAGUCACAUAUUUUGUUAGUGCAAUAUUUGGUUUUUUUCCCAUUUCAGUAAUACUCCUCUCAUACUGUAAAAUUGUUUCCACUAUUCUGAGAAUCCCAUCCUCAGGUGGGAAGUACAAAGCCUUCUCCACCUGCGGUUCACAUGUAUCAGUGGUUUGCUUAUUUUAUGGGACAAGCAUUGGCAUGUACCUCAGCUCAGCUGUAUUACAUUCUUCCAGAAAGAGUGUCAUGUCCUCAGUGAUGUACACAGUGGUGACUCCUAUGUUAAAUCCUUUCAUCUACAGCCUGAGAAACAGGGACAUUAAAAAUGCUCUUAGGAGGCUCCACAGGAGAAAAAUCUAA